AUGGACGUCGUCCUCCAUUACGCCGACGAGUUCGCGCUCGACCACGUCUACAACUAUCUCCUCCCCCACCCUUCCAUCCCCACGACCGAAAAGCUCGGUCUCCUCAACACCACCUCCUCCCCCUCCCCCUACACCUCCUUCUCCACCCCGCCCCUCACCGGCUCCCUCCUCUCGCGCGACAGCCUGCUCCGGCAAUACAUCUCCCUCCUCUCCAUCUCCGUCCUCGGCGCCUACGCCCUCUAUUUUUCAUUCUGCUCCCUCUCCUACUUUUUCGUAUACGACCGCCGUCUCGAGCACCACCCCAAAUUCCUCAAGAACCAGAUCCGCAAAGAGAUCAAAUCCUCCCUCAUCGCCGCUCCCUACAUCGGCAUCAUCACCGUGCCCUGGUUCAUGGGCGAGAUCCACGGGUACUCGAAGAUGUAUGAGAAUGUGGGCGAUUAUGGGUGGACGUAUUUGGUGGGGAGCAUGGUUUGGUUUUUGCUGUUUACGGACUUUUGUAUUUACUGGGUGCACCGGUUGGAACAUCAUCCGAGGAUAUACAAGUACAUCCACAAACCCCACCACAAAUGGGUCGUCCCCACCCCCUACGCUGCUUUAGCAUUCCACCCCCUCGACGGCUAUGCCCAAUCCCUCCCGUACCACAUCUUCCCCUACCUCUUCCCCUUACACCGCUACGCCUACCUCGGCCUUUUCGUCUUUGUCCAGUUCUGGACGAUUCUGAUCCAUGAUGGGGAUAUGAUCUCGGGGCAUGUGUUGGAGAGGUGGAUAAAUGGGCCGGCGCAUCAUACGCUGCAUCAUUUGUAUUUCAGUGUCAACUAUGGGCAGUAUUUCACCUGGGCAGACGUGCAAUUCGAUUCCUUCCGCGAACCCCGUCCCGAGCUGGAUCCGAUUCACGAAAGCUUGCGGAUGAUGCGCAAGAAGGGUCUGAUCGAUGAGAAUGACAAGCCUAUACCUCGAAUCCAAAACAAGAAGAACGAGUGA